UUUUAUUUCAACAUUAUGUCACUAUUAUUCCAGAUUGAGCGUCUUGAUAUCAAGUACAUUGAUCUCAGUCAACGUCAGUCUGCAUCACGUCAUCUGGCUCAGUUCAUUUGUAUGAUGCCUAAUCUCAGGGAACUUCAUCUCGGGGAUAGAUAUGGAACCACCAGUCCUUCACUUCAUGACAAGUUCUAUUCAACGUUAUCAUCCUUAGCAUUGUCUGCAAAGAUUGAGCGUCUUGAUAUCAAGUACAUUGAUCUCAGUCAACGUCAGUCUGCAUCACGUCAUCUGGCUCAGUUCAUUUGUAUGAUGCCUAAUCUCAGGGAACUUCAUCUCGGGGAUAGAUAUGGAACCACCAGUCCUUCACUUCAUGACAAGUUCUAUUCAACGUUAUCAUCCUUAGCAUUGUCUGCAAAGUCACAGACUCCAGUCCGCUAA